CUCCGGACGUUUUUCAAGAAAAUCUUUUAUUUUCUACAAAAAAAUAAAAUUUUUAAUACUUAAAUGAUAUAAAUUCCGCGUUUCUUUGAUCAAAAUAUAUGUUUCAACAAAUAAAUUUAACUUCAGUGUUUUCUACAGAUAUUAUUUUCAAAGUGGCUAGAGUGAUAUGGAAAGAAUGUUUAAUAUUUAACUUAUAUUAAAAAUAACAAUUACAAUUUUGGUGCUUUUGUGAUUAUGAUUAUGAUAAUAGAUUAUUAUAGUUUGAAGUGUAUUUCCCUAGCAUCGCGCUUUGCACGACAAUGGUAAUUAAACCCUUGACGAGGUGCUGACACACCAUAAUGAUAUGUAUUACAAUUACCGAGCCAAGGAGCUUAGCGGAUUAUCUGGAUAAUCACAUUAUUCCACACCAUUAAACCUGUAUUAACUCUGUGAAGGGAUAUGAUGUGACAAUGUCCAAGGUGCUAUCAGCGCUUGGUGGUGCCCUGCCGGACGAGCGGCCGCUCCUAUCCCUGCAGAUUGUGGAGAGCGUAGCUAAGUGCCCUACGGGCUACUGGCCGGUCAGUCGCACCUACGACGAGGAUGCAGACGCCGGUCUACUCCGACAGAGCGGGCUGUUUGGCAAGAAGCCCAGCCACUAUAUAUGCCUCUCCAAAUCGGAAGGCGUGCCGGGCUACGUGAUGGACGGCGUGACGGUGGUGGGCGAGCGCGAGGCGGCGCCGGCGGGAUACAGCGUGGCGGGCCGCGCGGGCAAGCGGCGGCUGUGCACGCGCGUGUCCCGCCACCCGCCGCCCGCCGCGCCCGUCACCGACGUCAUCGUGUGUUCGCGCAUGCGCACCGCGCCGGAGGGCUUUCAUCUAGCUGGGGAGAUAAACGGCAAGAUGGUGUGCUACAAGGUGAGCGGCGGCAGCGCGGACGCGUCGCCCACGCACCAGCCACGCCCCGCCGACUACGAGAACGUCGUGUCGCAUCUCACGCCAGACGCCAACAGGAGUUGCAUCUCGGUACAGAUGUUCAAACGGCUGAAACUUCGCUGGGCCGGCGCCGGGCUGCGCGCCGUGCCCGAGCGUCCGCCGAAGCUGUCGCCUCUCGUGAACGACCUCAACAACCUGAACCUCAAGUCGCCGUCCGCGUACCCCAAGAUCGAGGACUUCGGGACCGACCACGACUACGAGGCGCUGAGCCCCUCCUACGUGAAGCCCGUGCGGCCCGCGCCCCGCCCACCCAGCGGCGUGCAGGUCUCGCCUGCUGCGCGGCCCGCUAACGGCCCGCAGCUGUCGCCCGCGCCGCGGCCCCCGCACGGCCCUCAGGUGUCUCCCGCGCCCCGCCCCCCGCACGGCUCCCCGCUGUCGCCGGCGGCGGUGGCGCGCAAGAAGGCGCCGGCGCCGCUACCCAAGGUGUCCAACUACCAGACGCUGGGCGGAUACAACGGGCUGGAGGGCGUGCCCUUCGUGCUCAACCCUAAGCUCCGCGGCCUGCCCGAUGUCACAUUGGCUCAGUUACCGGUGAUCAAGCAGCGGACGCGCUUCGACCUGGACCGCGACUACAGCUACAAUUUCAACUUGGAGCGGCAGACGUGAUGCGCCCGCGCGCCGCCGCCCCAUGGACCAUAGACUAUAGACGGUCCGCUGUGCCCAUAGACUAUAGAAGUCCGCUGUGCCCAUAGACAAUAGAGUACGUAAGUCACUGCACUGAGUCUGAAUGUUAUUGACAGGCACCGUGUGCACCAUUACACUGCUUAAAAUUUUUGAUCGAAACUUUCGUAUUGAAGUUUCUCGAUAUCUGUAUUAUGUCCUUCCAAUAGUAACGCUGGAAUUUUAUUACCUUAUCAAUUAUGAAAUUAUUUGAGAAAUAUUACUACUUCGAUAGACUGAAAAACUUUUGUUUGAGCAGUCUAUGGUCAUAAACGUUAAAUAGCGUUUAUGUUGUCUAGAAACGAUACCUAAAGGUAUUGCAUUACGGUAGUCACAAUGGAAAGACUGAGAAAGAAAAUGGUGGAUCAAGAAAUAUCUAGAAUACGAGAGUAAGGAUUCUAAAAUAAAGCACAGGGUUUGAUGUAAUGUAACAUGUUGUAGUUUUUGCCUUUGGUUCUUACAACGAUAUUCAUUCUUCAAGAUGUGCUCUAUGUAGUUCAAUUUAAUCUCCAACUCAAGCAUGUAAGUGCUUCUAGGAUCUAGCCAAAUGAAAAUACCUAAUUAGUAAUUAUGUAAUAAUUUUUUAUACAACUUUUUUACUGUUCUUUGACAUCAAUAUACAUAAUUUAUAUUUAAUUUUUACGUUACAGUAAUCUAUUGUGCCAAUUGUAGUACAAAAUAAAUGGAAUAAUUUUAAACUAGUCUGUAAAUCUGCCAUUUUUUAUAUUUUAAACGACUGUAGGAGCACCUAGUUCGUGCAAAACAAUAAAAUGAAUACAAUUCCUGAUAUAUUAUUAUUGAUAAGUACAUUUUUUUUCUUAGCCAAUUUUUUCACAAGCUGUUUAACCAGUGCGAUUUCUAUUAUUUUACUCUUAUAAUUGUCAAAUAUAAACAAGUCAAAGAAUUUAUACCAAAACGCGUUACGAUUAAAUCGCGUCCAUGGAGUUAAGAUCUGAAAUAAAAUAUGUAUAACGUAAACUUUGUUGCGACAAAAUGCCUUGUAACUUGUAUGCCACGCGUCCGAUGCAUUGAAUUAUUAAUCAUAAUAUAAUACGUUUAUAAUAAUUC